AAAGACAUUAUACAAGUGGCCAUUUGGAUAUUUGCAAUACACACUGUCAAGACCAAGAUGUCGCAUUACCUGCCAAUUUGCCACUUCGGCAUCAUUGUACUUCUUUUUCCCUACCUCAGCGUCUUCGCUGUUCCAUCAGGAUACGAUGCAGCCUCUCAGUUGGAAAUACGAGUAACCCCCUCAGGCAUUGGUAUUGGCGCCGCUACAUUAACUUCCAAAUGGCUUGAGGGCUCGGAUAAGGUUCAGAUCAUUGAAAUGGUCCUCACCAACCAUGACACAGCAGAAUCUUUCACUAAAGCAGAUAACCUCACGAUUACAGCAUCUUCUUCAUCUUUUGAUCUUGUCCAGCCGGCCAGAAUUACACGGCUUAUGGCUGGACAGCAAGUUGUGACGCAAAUUGGCGUCAAGAAUAAGGCAGGAGUUGCGCCUGGAUAUCCAUGUUCAGGAACUGUAACUGCCAACUGGAUUGGUGGAGAGACAACCACCCAGAACAUCACUGGAUCUUGCGGUUUCGGCGACUAUACUGCAAUCAAGGCCAGCCUCAACAGACACUGGACUCCUGACUGGUAUAACAAUGCCAAGUUCGGCAUCUUUAUUCACUGGGGUGUCUACUCUGUUCCGGCGUUUGGCAAUGUGGGCGAUAAGGAAGAUUAUGCUGAAUGGUACUGGAUGCGCAUGACACAGCCAAGCUACAAGUCUCAGACGUACCAGCACCAUAGAGACACCUAUGGUGAGAAUUUUAACUACGAUGAUUUCAUUCCUUCCUUCACUGGAGAUAAAUUCAAUGCGAAAGAGUGGAUGGAUCUAAUGGCAGAGGCUGGAGCAAAGUAUAUCGUUCCUGUGACAAAACACCAUGAAGGCUUUGCAAUAUUCGAUGUGCCCAAGUCGACCAGUCUACGGUCUUCUGUGCAACUUGGACCUAAGCGUGAUUUCUUGGCAGAACUGAUGAAUGCAGCGAAAACAUAUCAUCCAGAUAUCAGACGCGGAACAUAUUUUUCCAUGCCCGAGUGGUUCAAUCCAGACUACUCAAAAUAUGCUACCGAUUGCUGUGGUGGCUUCCCUGGUGGGCCCCCCAAGAACCCUUACACUGGCGUCGGGGUACCUUAUAUCGGCCAUGUACCUGUGGACGAUUACGUAACAGAACUGCAGCUACCCCAAAUGGAGACACUUGCCUACGACUCACGGUAUGAGACGGAGAUAAUGUGGUGUGAUAUUGGGGGUGCCAACAAUGCCACUAUCAUGCUGUCCAAAUGGCUGAACUGGGCACGGGACCAGGGCCGCCAAGUUACAUACAACAACCGCUGCGGAUACGGCUCUACGGACCAUAGUGACGCCAGUGGCGGCGACUUCACAACACCCGAAUACGUCACAAACGGCAACACAGUUGUAAGUAAGUGGGAGACGAACCGUGGCAUGGAUCCAUUCUCGUUUGGAUACAAUAAAGAUACACCUAAUACCAGAUACCUCACUGGAAUCGACAUCGUUAAGACACUCGUCGACGUUGUAUCUAAGAAUGGCAAUUUCUUACUUGACAUUGGCCCGAUGGCGAAUGGCACGAUCCCGCAGGUCAUGCAGAAAGGGCUGAAGGAUGCGGGGAAGUGGAUCAAGGAACGUGGCGAAUCUAUUUAUGAUACGCGCUUCUGGCAGACUACAAGUGGAAAAGGAAGUUUCCGAUACACUAUCAGUGACUCUGCAUUUUACAUUCACGUUUUAGAGAAGCCGAACUCGAUACUGUUGAUCCCGGAUGCGAUCCCGUUUUUAAAUGGUGAUAAUGUACAGGUACUAGGCGGUGGUAUGUCGGGCACUGAGGUAUCAGCCACAAAAAAUGAGGAUGGAACGGUAACCCUUCGGCUAGAUGAUGAAAUCUCGUCGUCAGAUAGAUACGUUUGGACGUUUAAGAUCAUUUAUCAAUCGUAGAGAGUCAAUGAGAGUGGAUAGUAUUAUUGCGAGUCCUUAUCUCUUAGUCAAAGGCUAGUAAUUCCGG